AUGAAAAUAUCUCGAUAUUCACUGACCGAGGAUGUUGUCGAUCGCUACAACCACACAUGGGGUGUGGCGCUGUUGCUGGUCAUCUCAGCAACAACAUGGCUGAUCCCACAAAUAGCUUUGGUCCACCAAACAACAGGGCCAGGUCCCGCUAAAGGCAAAAAUAUGCAAAAAUACACUUCUAAUUGCUGGACUCCAACUCAAUUCACCGGCGCAAUGAUAUCAUACGCCCACUCCAUCUGUGGAGCGGCUUUUAGCCAAGCCAUGCAGAAUGCCGAAGACAAGGGCAAUAAAACGUUUCAAGCAGCCACGCUGUAUCAUCUAGCAAGUCAUGAAACUGGAGAGACAGUUGAGAUUGGAGAGAGUAAGAGAUUUAGACCUGUUACUGCAGAAGAAACAAUAAAACAAGACGACGAUUAUUUGUCUACAGUGACGGAAACCUAUUCGCGCAUAUCCCUGGUUACUUUCAUCCUUGCCGUCUGCCUCAAACUGCCAUACAUCAUCUGGUCAUUAAUGUCUAGUUUCUCUCAUGCAGAACCAAGCCAGAUCCUGAGAUCCAUGGAAGCUGCACAGUGUGUGGAUGCAGGAAUUCGGAAUCAAACAUGUCAAGACAUUUUUCAAGCAAUCUCUUACUCCAAACAGAAACAGUCGUUUUUCAACACUGUGCUGUACUUGUUUUUAAAAAUAACGAAUGUAGCUGUAGCCAUAUUUGGGCUCCUAUUGGUGAAAUCUCACGUGCUGCUGCAACCAUUAUCAUAUGGUAAUGGGUUCGAUGGCGUUUCGGUAUCAAAGACAGGAAAUGAUUAUUACAAUUCCCCACUGUUUUGUGCGAUGAAUGUUGUGAGUUUACAGAAUAUUCAAAACUAUAUGUUUCAGUGUAUUUUCGAGCCUAGUACCGACUACAGUGGCACUUUGAACUCUCCGGACAAUGUCGAACGGGACUUCGUAUACAUUCGGUUAUAUGACGUUCUACACACAAUCCUAGCUUUCUCCUUUGCUGUACUGACUACAGUCAACGGUGUAAAUUUUCUUGCAUGGGUCGUGAAACUAGCGCCAGGACCAUUUCGGAAUCGAACCUUCUCGAGUAGCAAGCUACCCCUUGACGCCUAUCUACUGUUGCUAAUGGCUAGACAAAAUGUUGGAUUCGUAACAGCCAAGAAUCUAGAACUUGGUUUUAGUCCCGAAUGUAGAGGCGAGGUGAAGGCCGGGGAAGAGUUAAGCAAUCUGACCGAGUGA